CGAAAUACACACCGGUCGAAGAUGACAGCCAAAACCAAGUUUAUGAGAUUGGAAUCGGAAAUCGAGCGAUAUAGAAAUGAUUCAUGCUGGAUUAGAGCCAGCGAGUUAGCUCGUCAACUUUCAAGUAAAUCUUCUGAGUUAGAAUAUUAUGAACAGUUUACUCUGGCAGAAAGCCACUUAGAGGAGUACCUUAAAGAAAACCCUCCGAUAGAGAAAAACAGCAGUAAGGCAAGAGCACAUCUGGCAGAUGCUGAAAAACAAUUGACACUUGUAGGCAGGGCCAAAAACAAGUUGAGUCUGGAUGCCAACUUAUUGCUUGCCAAAAUUAACUACUGCCAGGGACAAUAUGAGGCGGCCCUGGAUUUAUUUGACGAGCGUGUUAACCUUGAUGGCCUCGCUACAAAGGAGUUUGCCACUACACGCCAGCUACAGAUAGUUGCAGAGUCGUUUGCUAUUAAAGGUAUGUGUAUAGAAAAAGUGGGUCCAAGCUCCACCAGUAAGUUCCGUGUGGCAGAACAGGAGGAGAAGAUCAUCAGCUGUUAUGAGAAGGCAGGUGACCUGGCUUUGUUGUACCUUCAGGAGAGGGACAGGACAGGCAGUUCUAGCAGCUCUGGUGUCAGUCCCUCCCCAACACCCUCAAAUCCUCAGGAGGAUAGCCUUGGCAUGAUCCUAGAGACCGCCCUACAACAGUCGCCCAUCCUCUACAUCAAACGAGGAAACCUGGAAAAAGGUGUCAACAGGUUCCGAGAUCUUUUGAGAGUGGUGGAAUCCCGCUUCACACAGGGACUAAGACAGACCCUGGCCCGACAGCUGGCGGAGGUUUUACUGCGGGGAAUGUGUGAAAACUCGUACAUCCCCAUAGGAGCCGUGUUGAAGCCCACAACUCUUUCUACAAACUCACUCCAGCCCAGGAAGUACUCCGGAGACAGACAGUUUGUGCCGAAGGAUGAGAAUGAAGAGGCAUUACUAUUGCUGCUCAUAGCUGAAGCCAUUGCCACUCGGGAAGCAGUGUUGAACAGGACGGAGGAACAUGACGAGGCACGACUUCAUAGCUUCAUGAACACUACAGCUGUGUUUGACCUCCUGGCAGUAGCCCUAGUCAAACGUGCACAGUUCAACAAGCUGUCAGAGUCGUUUGAGCGAGCAAUGCGGUUUUCGUUUGAAGAGUUCCAUAUUUGGCACCAGUUUGCCAACUCCCUUAUUUGUGCUGGAAAGUACUCAAGAGCGCUGUUAGUAUUGAAGGAAUGCUCUCGCCUUAAACCUCAAAACUGUACAGUACUACUGCAAGGAGCCAAGCUUUGUUACGAGUAUUUACACCAGUAUAUGGAGGGUAUCCUCCUGUCAGAACAAGCCCUGAAGUGUCUGACUGAUGAUCAUCCAUUGUGUGCGAGAGUCCAUGUGUCCCUAGGGAUUGGCUACAGUCUGGCUGCCAUGGAGAUGAGGCUACAGGUCGACAGACAAGAUUAUAACAAGAAGUCACUUUCGGCGUUCACUAGGGCACAUAUGUAUGACCCCAGUGACUACCUGGCCUUGUUCCACCUGGCACUACAGCUGGCCAUUCACAGACAGAUUAAUGAUGCAAUCAAGAAUGUGAGGCUAGCGUUACGUUACCGUAACGACCACAUCCAUUCUCUGCACCUUCUUGUUUUGUUACUGACAGCACAGAAACAAUUUGACGAGGCUAUAUCUCUUCUGAAUGCAGCUCUGGAGGAGUACCCAGAAAAUCUGAGUUUGAUGCUGACCAAGUCACGACUUGAAGAGAUCCUGUACGGUCCGGAGCAGGCACUGGCCACAUGUAAACACAUGCUACAGCUGUGGAAGGAGUUGUACGAGGUUGACACAGAGGAGGCAGUGACCGAUGUUCGCAGUACCCGGCGGCCCACAGCCACAGACAGGACACAGUUUGACCGUAGAAGUUUUGCCCAGUUACAGCUUAGUGAACUUAAUGAAAGGGACACCGGUUCGUUAAGAGCUGAGUCUAUAGCAGCAUCGCGAGUGGAACAGACAAUGUCGGAGGUGGCUUCUUCACUAAACAGUACAUUCCAGCCCCGUCCUGGCUCCCAGCAGACCUGGUUACUUCAGGCCCAGAUCUGGUUACAUCUAGCUGAACUGUACUUAACUCUGGACAAGAUGUCGGAGGCUGAAGCCUGCGUUGUUGAGACCAGUGCUAUCUUCCCUCUUUCUCACCAGGUGGCAUUCAUGAAAGGACGAGUACUGGAACACAAAUUGAAGUACAAUGAGGCUAAACUGUGUUAUGAAGAUGCCAUUUCUAUCAAUCCUGGCCACACCAAGUCUUUACAACAUUUGGGUAUGGUGUUACACCAGCUGGAGAAUGAUAAGAUGGCAGAGAAAAUAUUGAUGGACGCUGUCAACACAGAUCCUGUGUCUCACGAGUCAUGGUAUCUACUUGGCUUAGUUCUGGAGACACUCGAUCAGGACGAUGCGGCUACAGACUGUCAUACGACGGCAUUGGAACUUGAGGCCAGUAGUCCAACUGUACCGUUCACUGUCAUCCCUCGGCUGAUGCAGUAGUUACAAAAUAUUACCUAUAUUAUCUUCUCAUGCAGUACCAUGUUUGAAACUUACAAACACCUUAUUUAUUUUUUCUUCACACAAACAUGCUAAAUACAAUUUGUUGAAUGACAAAAUUAUGUUUGAACAUCACUUAUAAUAAAGAGGUUAUUAGUUAAUGAGGACUCUGGGCCAAAUUCUGGUUCUCUUGAGAAGGUAUAUUUGAAUAUAUAUUCUGGAUUUUGUAACAGACUGACAAGCUACACACAAGUAAAAGGUAGCCAUCUCUGGUGUGUUCAGAUUUAAGAAAUAUUAAGAACAAACUUGAAUGAACAUUUUAUACCCCUUCAUUUAGUGUGGCUGGGGAGGGGGGAGGGGGCAUAUAAGAUUACUCAUAUCUGUUUCAUCUUGUCCCCUCCUGGACCAAUUCAUAGUCUUAGCGUCUUCAUUCAUUUCUCAACAGAUUUUAACUAUGUAAAUUUAAUACAAAUGUCAAAUACAGUAAUACCUCGGAUGAGCUUGUAUUUUCGGCUUCGAAGAUCAAGGCAAAGGUCAAUGACACUAUUUAUAGAUUUGUUUUAGCUAAAAUAGUGACAUCAACACAUCAAUUUCAUGUGAAGGUUGUGUAUUUUCUAAUUAUUAAUACUGAAAAUAUAACCAUGCCUGUUCAGGGAUUCAAACUGUAAUUAUUCUCCAGAUUAUAUGCAGAAAAAUUCUCUUAUUUUUACACAUUUUGUUUAAAGUCUAUUUAAUUAAACUAAAUCCAACUCGUUCUGUUCAGAGAUUGAUUAGUCUAACAACCUUUUAACAUAAAUCUUGCACAUUCUCAGAAAAAUUGAAAUUUAGAAUCCUGCAUUUCUAGGGAACUAAAAUGAUAAUCCAUACACUGUGAAUACGAAAAAAAAGGGAUAUUUCAGAUAUUUCUCAAAAGAAAAUUUGUGUUAAUGAUUCGUUCAAGUAAUCAAGAGUUGAACAACUGGGUCUUUUUUCUUAUUAUGUAACACCAACUUUAACAUCCAGUGAGUGGAAACAAGUCAUCGAAAAUGUUUCCAAAAGUUCUUCAAUUCAAAUCCAUACUCUAAAUGUACUGGGAUUCCAGAUGCUCAUCUAAUGACAAAAAACACAAAAAUAUUUGUAAAUAAAAAAAACCCAACACUUUCAUUAAACUCAAAUAUGUUAUAUCAUUUUUUUUGGGUUAAAGACUUUUUUAAGUCUUUGAACAACUGGAGUUUUGAUAUUAUUUUGUCAAAUAAACUUCCAGGAGAACAUUGCCGGAUCUGUUAAAUUAGUUUAAAUCCAUCAACUAAAUAUAUCCAAGUAAGGGAAGUAAUCCAGGUUUGUAUGACAGUUUAUAAAGGGUAAUUUUUCUCAUUUGGAUAUUUUUUGUGUAAAAUGUAUACAUGAACGGGUAUGGAUGAAUGUAUGCAAGAAGUUCCUGGACUAAGAUAUAACCUUGCCAGGCUGUGAUGUGAGAAGAACCAGACAAUUCAGGAUCAAUAUUUUUUAGUCCCAUAUUUGACACAGAUACAUUACCUGCAACUUGAAAUAUGGAUAGACUGAUAAAAUCUGACUUUCCCAUGUUUUGUUCUAGAAGUAAGAGUAAUGUAAAACAUUAGGAACCUGCCCCCAGUGGCAUGCACCUAUACAGUGUCAUGCUGUAAAAAAGCUCUGGAGGAUAUUUUUGGUGUGUCACUUUUUACAGUUCAAACCUACGAAUCUUGGAUCUCCCAUGAGCAUCAAUACAAAAACCAUGAAAAAUUCUUGAUAUUAAGGAUCCCUGUCCCACUACAGGCAAACACCAGAGAAUUCUACUUGGACACACAGUAACCUACCUUUAACUUGUUUUUGUUUUAUCUGUUGUGCAACUGGGCCAGGGUAUAAUAGUUGGAGGGCCAGGGUACAUCCAUUGACAAGGUAGCUCAUUUGUAUGAUAGGUGGAGGGCCAGGGUACAACCAUUGGCUAGGUAGC